AUGAAUGAAGAAUGUUCAGAUAUCCUGAACGGAUGCAACAAAGUUAAACUUGCAGCACAGAAUGAAGCAGCAUUAUUAGCAUUAAUGGAAAGGACUGGAUACAAUAUGGUACAAGAAAAUGGACAGCGUAAAUUUGGGGGCCCUCCUCCAGGGUGGGAAGGUCCAGCUCCUCCACGUGGCUGUGAAGUGUUUGUCGGAAAAAUUCCUCGUGAUAUGUAUGAAGAUGAAUUGGUCCCUGUUUUUGAAAGGGCUGGAAAAAUCUAUGAAUUUCGGUUAAUGAUGGAAUUUAGUGGGGAGAACAGAGGUUAUGCUUUUGUCAUGUUCACAAACAAAGAAGAUGCCUUGCAAUCUAUUCGAAUGCUAAACAAUUUUGAGAUUCGCCCUGGUAAAUUUAUUGGAGUUUGUGUUAGCUUAGACAACUGCAGACUUUUUAUUGGAGCCAUCCCAAAAGAGAAGAAAAAAGAAGAAAUACUGGAAGAAAUGAGAAAAGUUACAGAUGGAGUAGUAGAUGUUAUUGUGUACCCAAGUGCAAGUGACAAAACCAAAAACCGUGGGUUUGCCUUUGUGGAAUUUGAAUCUCAUAGAGCAGCAGCAAUGGCGAGACGCAAAUUAAUUCCAGGAACUUUUCAAUUAUGGGGUCACACUAUUCAAGUAGACUGGGCGGACCCAGAGAAAGAGAUUGAUGAAGAAACAAUGCAGAGAGUUAAAGUCCUAUAUAUAAGGAAUUUGAUGAUAUCGACUUCAGAAGAGACAAUCAAAGCAGAGUUCAAUAAAUUUAAGCCUGGAUCUGUUGAACGUGUGAAAAAGUUGAGAGACUACGCAUUUGUACAUUUUUUUAAUCGCGAUGAUGCCAUUACAGCAAUGUCAGUAAUGAAUGGGAAAUAUAUUGAUGGAGCAAGCAUUGAGAUUACUUUGGCUAAACCUGCGAUGAAGGAUUCUAAUUGGAAACAGGGAAAUGGCCAUUUGAGUCCGAAUUCAGAAAGUUUGCUUUUGUUUGCAAAUCAGGAAGAAGUAUCACAGAAAGCUAUUGGAAGAUCUUCAAGCCUACCUGCCCCCCAGAGAGGCAGAGAAAGUCCCAUUUUCUCUGAGCCUGAAAGAGGCACAUAUCCUUUUUAUCCUGGCACAAAGCUUAGUCCAGUAAAUGUUCAGUCUUUAAAACCUUAUCACUUCCACUCUGCUGUGAUGCAUCUGGAGUACUACUGUUACAAAAAUAACAUGGCAUUCCCUGAAUACUAUUUGUUUUCAGCUAAUGGGCAGGAUGGAAAACUGCUUUUGAUUUAUAAGGUUGUACUUCCAAGUGUUGCUAACAGUUCUCAGAGCUACUUCAUACCUGACAGGUUAUGCACCUCAUUGGAAGAUGCAAAGGAGCUGGCAGCACAAGUUACAUUGUUGCAUUUAGGCUAUAAUAUUCGCCGUGGUUCAACGAAUAACUUGUCACCAGUGAACACCAUUUUGUCAGCUGGAACAGCAAAUGUAAUUUCGUAUACAUCCAGACCUUACUCCUGCUCCAACUUCUCUGGGUCACCUCCCUUGUCUCUGGCUAAAGGAAGUCACAUGGAGCAAAGACUUUAUUUCUAA